UCAGCUCUCUCUGACAGACAGCGUGGAAAGAUGGUGCUCGAUCUGGACCAGUUUCGCACAGACAAGGGUGGAGACCCAGAAGUCAUCCGCGAGACCCAAAGGAAGAGAUUUAAAGAUGUAACACUCGUUGAUAAACUGGUGGCCGCAGAUACAGAGUGGAGAAAAUGUCGCUUCACUGCAGACAACCUGAAUAAAGCAAAGAACCUCUGCAGCAAGAGCAUUGGGGAGAAAAUGAAGAGGAAGGAACCCGUCGGGGAGGACGAGUCUGUACCUGAAGAAACACAGAACCUGGAGUCCCUAACAGCUGAAGCACUAUCGGCCCUGACGGUAACCCAGAUCAAGAAGGUGCGUUUGUUGGUGGACGAGGCGGUGGAGAAAUGUGACGGUGAGAGGAUAAAACUGGAGGCAGAACGCUUCGAGUACCUGAGGGAGAUCGGCAACCUCCUCCACCCCUCUGUACCCAUCAGCAAUGAUGAGGAUGCAGACAACAAGGUGGAGCGUACCUGGGGCGACUGCAGCGUCCAGAAGAAGUACUCCCACGUUGACCUGGUGGUGAUGAUCGAUGGCUUUGAGGGAGAGAAGGGAGCUAUUGUGGCUGGGAGCAGAGGGUACUUUCUGAAGGGACCGCUGGUGUUCCUGGAGCAGGCUCUGAUCAAUUACGCCUUAAGGAUCCUCUACAGCAAGAAGUACACCAUGCUCUACACGCCCUUCUUCAUGAGGAAAGAGGUCAUGCAGGAAGUGGCCCAGCUCAGCCAGUUUGACGAAGAGCUCUACAAGGUCAUCGGUAAAAGCAGUGAGAAGUCAGACGACAGCUCCGUAGAUGAGAAGUACCUCAUCGCCACCUCGGAGCAGCCCAUCGCAGCCUUCCUGAGGGACGAGUGGCUCAAACCCGAGGACCUGCCCAUCCGCUACGCCGGCUUCUCCACCUGCUUCAGACAGGAAGUGGGCUCCCAUGGCCGAGACACCCGCGGGAUCUUCAGGGUGCACCAGUUUGAGAAGAUUGAGCAGUUUGUCUAUGCCUCCCCACAUGAUGGCAAAUCAUGGGAGAUGUUUGAUGAGAUGAUCGGGACGGCAGAAGAGUUCUACCAGUCACUAGGAAUCCCUUACCGCAUCGUCAACAUCGUCUCCGGUGCCCUAAACCAUGCAGCCAGUAAGAAGCUGGAUCUGGAGGCCUGGUUCCCUGGCUCCGGAGCCUUCAGAGAGCUGGUCUCCUGCUCAAACUGCACCGACUACCAGGCCAGACGCCUCCGCAUCCGCUACGGACAGACCAAGAAGAUGAUGGACAAGGCUGACUUUGUGCACAUGUUGAACGCGACCAUGUGCGCCACCACUCGUGUGAUGUGUGCCAUCUUGGAGAAUUACCAGACAGAAGAGGGCAUCGUUAUUCCAGAGAAGCUCAGGGACUUCAUGCCUCCUGGUUUGACAGAGAUGAUUAAGUUUGUGAAGCCCGCUCCCAUUGACGAGGAGAUGUCCAAGAAAUCAAAGAAACAGCAGGAGGGAGGCAAGAAGAAGAAGAAGCAGGGAGGAGGAGGAGACCAGAACCUGCCCGGCGACAUGGAGAACAUGUCCGUCAACGACUCGUAGACCUGCAGGACGCCACCACCGAGUCUCUCCACCAACCGAUCAGAUAGACCCUGAUUGAAUAGAGCCUCAUGUGUCAUGAUUGGGGGUCAGCUUUUUGGUUUAGUCACUUUGUUAAUGAAAACGGGCUCUUUCCCAUGUGUUUCUAUCUGAACGGACGGUGUUGUUCAUCUCAGCUGUUCUUCCCAUAUUCACAUUAAGUCCAUUGAAAAAGGGAUCUUUCUGUGCUCUCAUCUGCAGUUACCUUCAGAGUAAACUGACCACCUGUCUGUCUGUCUGUCUGUCUGUCUGUCUGUCUGUCUGUCUUUUUCUCACAUCUGCAGCAACACUGAGCCUAAAACAAACAGAUACGACUACUUGAGCUAAAUAAACCAAACAUGUUUGUCUCUAGGGAUCUGUAAUUGGAAUUAAAAGGCUAAAAGGUUAUUUUUUCUACAGCUGAUAUCUUCAUUCAUCUAAUUUUUGUCGAGAACAAAUUCUGCGGUUAAACGUGAUUUAUUACUUCAUGUUUGAAAUGGUUUAAAGUUGAUCUAACUUCUAUUAUUCAGAAAUCAGUGUUGUUAACAUGACGAAGUGUUUGAACUGUCUGUUUUGGGCUUGUCUUUAUAUCUUUUCUGACCACAAUCACCAUCUCCGACCAUCAUUGUAAUGCUUUUCACUGGCUUAUGAUUGAGACAUUGACAUUGGAUGAUCUCGCUAAUAUACAAAUAUAUAUAUAUGAUUGAGCAUUGAUGAAGUGGCACUCUGUAAACACAUUAAAUACAGUUGAUAUGGAAA